UGCAAGAAUUGCCAAAGGUGCUUGUUUGUGUCAGCAGCUGACAGUUACUUGCUGCACUUGCUGUAAAUCUUGAAUGUUGGUUUUCUUUGCAGUAACUCGGAUCUUUUUUUAAAUUAUUCAGAUAAACAGAAGUAUUUUUUUCACAAUAUCAAGCAACUCAUUCAUAUUUCUUCGAAAUAAUCUUACUUUACAUCUGUAGAUAAAACAAUAUACCAUGUUGCUAAGGACCAUUUCCUCAGCUUCUUGUAACAUAUUAACAGAUUUAAGCUGUUAAGGGCUGGACAUGCCACUAAUUUAGAAUUCGUAAUGGAUGAGCAAUAGGGUGAAUAGAGAAGUCUGGGUCCUGUGUCAGCAGGUGUAGUUCCUGUUAUACCUAACAGCUUAGUCAAUAAACCAACCCUUCUACAGUGAUAAGCAAAUAUGAAUGUCAUACAUUUCUGCAGCUUUGGAUGGGAGGCAACGAGGGAGCGGCCGCAGUUUCCACAUACCUUCAGUUACAUUUGACAGCAUUUCUGCUGAGACAGAAAUCAAACAGCUUCUAGCAUAGCAUAAUAUUUUUGAAGUGAGAAAAAUAGAAGAGGUGCUAAAUUAACGACAGAUCCAGCAAUAAUCUAACGGCUUACAGUCAGCAUGGUUACGGUGGACUUCAAGACACUCACAGCACCGGUGGGCAUUUUAAGGAUGCUGGAAGUGGUCUUAACCUGCAUCUCCUUCAGCCUGGUGGCAUCAGUGGGCCACACUUCUCAGUCCUUCUGGGUCUGGUGCAUGUUCAGCUGGUGUUUCUGCUUCUGCAUCACCUUCCUCGUGCUCCUCCUGGAACUGACAACUCUAAACACAAAGCUGCCCAUCUCCUGGGAUGACUUCACUGCCGCAUUUGCAAUGCUGGCUACCCUGAUGAUGUUCACAGCAGCUGUUAUCUAUCCCAAGUUCUACGUCUGCUCUAGCUGCGGCAGAAGUAUCGGUGCCACUGUCACCACCUGCUUGGCCUUCGUCCUCUACGCCGUUGAGGUGGGGCUAACCCGGGCCAAACCUGGUGAGAUCAGUGGAUUCCUUUCCACAAUCCCAGGCCUCCUCAAGGUUUUAGAGGCCUUUGUGGCCUGCAUCAUCUUCAUCUGUUUGGACUACACCUUUUACUCUAACUUCCCGGGGCUCCAGUGGUGUGUUGCCGUCUACUCCAUCUGCUUCAUUUUUGCCCUCCUCGUCAUCAUUUUUACCAUCGGCCGCCUGCUUUCUCUCUUCCCCGCACCCUUCGACAAAGUCUUGACGGUGUGCAAUGUGCUGGCAGUGCUGAUGUACUUCACAGCUGUGGUCAUUUGGCCAUUUUACAGCUUUAGGAACCUUGUAGGCCCCAAGGAUUUUUACAUAGUCAUUACUGUGAUGACCUGCUUGAACCUCAUUGCUUACAUUGUGGAUACAGUUUACUCGUUUAAGCUCGUCUUCUUCGUCAGCAGAACAUAGGUUGCAAAAACACCCCAAAAAGUCAGCGUGAACUUAUCUUUGAUUGAUUGAUUGAUUGAUUGAUUGAUUGAUUGAUUGAUUGAUUGAUUGAUUGAUUGUAUCAUAGUUAUUUUUAUGAUGGUUUAUGUCAUUUUGUUUUGCUGCAGAUUUCAUAUUAAUUAGAGCAGCUUUUUUUUUUUUUUUUUUUUUUUUUUUUUAUACACGAUUUUGCAUUUUUUGAAGCCAUAAAAUAGUUGUGGUUGAUUCAGGUUUUUUUAUUCAGGUUUAUGAGCCUGUAAAAGGACUGAUUAGGAAACUCAUUCAGUUCGGUUUCUUACAAAUCUCACCCUGAUAAAGAACACUAAAAUCCAGUCAUUGUGGUUACUGAAGGUUAUUGAACAAGCCUACAUACUCAUGUGGUUGUUUUAGCACCUCGGUAAAAAAGUAUGAUGAGCCAAUCUUAAAUAAAUACCAUUUUCAUGGUUUCAUGGUUAAAUACUGAACUCCUCUUUGAGAAUGUUUGCAAAGGUGUGUCCAAGUGUGCAUAUCCUGCAUUACACACAGCUAUGGGUUUCGAGAUGACAACUCCACUCCCAUUUUUCAAUCAUGGUGAAAGAGAUCAAAGAGUAAGUGAAAGAGAACAAAAGAGCAAAGUUAAGACAGUUUUUUGUUUGGUUUUUUUUAAAUCCUGGCAGUCUUUAGCUGUUAAAGAAAGAAGCUGCUUUGUUUUGUGCUAAUGAUUUAACUGCUGAUGAUGAGCUGAGCUGUCGAACUGCUCCUCUUUUGUGUUUACACAGGAAAAGGAUUACUGGACGUUUACUGCCAGAACAGGUUUAUUUAUUCAAUCCAAAGCGCUAAAGUCAGUUGGAUUAUAUUUGGAUUUUGUCCAAACAGUAAUAAAACAUCAUUUUUAUAAAUAUUUUAAAGUUUUUAAGGUUGAAGCAAACCUUAACUCAGUGUCACAUAGUUAAAAUUUCCCUUCGUAAAUCUAUUACUUAAAGGGAAAGUACAGGAUAAGUACUUUUCCAUAUUAGUUUUGUUUUAAAGAACCGUAUGAACCAUAAAAGCAGUUGCUCAAGGUUAGCCGAGUUUGCUUAUCACAGUAUAAGUUAUAAAAUUGAUAACCACUAGCAUAUAUGGUUGAAGCGUAACCUUUCACCCAUCGUGUACAGCAACCCGCAUACAAAAAUGGGAACAACUGAGAGAUUUCUUUUUUUAAAAAGGAAGAAACUACAAACUGGAAGAACUGGGGAGGAAGAGACCACAUGGGUCACAUCCACAUUCUGCAUCUGCAGAAUUAAUAUGUGUGUUAAAGUGCAGUGAUGAUGAUUGUGUGUUCUUUUUAAUUGUAUUCUCAUAAACGUACACGUUUCUCUG